AUGCCCAAUUCUUUCAAUACUGCAGAUGAAUAUGAUAUCGUCAACCAUCAAGACAUAGCAUUGGACCCUGAAGUUGUCGCUCAAUUGAGGGAAUGGCUCGAGCCUACCGAUUAUCUCGCCGAGUCAGGCGAGUUUCGUCGCCACCUCCUCUCGCAAGCACCAAAAACUGGACUCUGGGUUUGCCAGACAGAUAGUUAUCUGAAAUGGAAAGAAUCUCUCCAUCAUGGAAGUCUCUGGAUCAAAGGCGUGCCUGGCGCUGGCAAGUCUGUCAUGGCAGCCAGUCUAAUUCAGCACCUCAAAGUCACCCAAGACUGCCCAGUCCUUUUCUUCUUCUUUCGGAACAUCGUCACCACCAGCUCCUCACCCCGGGCUCUGCUGCAAGAUUGGCUUGCCCAGCUACUCCCGUAUUCCGCGAAACUACAGUUCGCCAUCCAAUCUCGACGGCUCACAACCAUGUUAGAAGAUACAUCAGACAACGAACUCAUUCAGCUAUUCAUAGAAGGUAUAUCUUGCGUACCGAGACUAUACUGCGUUGCAGAUGCCCUUGACGAGAUGGCGACCGACAAUACGCCCUUUUUAGAGAAACUCAACAGUCUCGCUACGCAUCGACCUGAGACCUUGAAGCUGCUUAUAACUAGUCGCCCAGAACAACAUCUACAGAAGUCACUUCGAGAUUCAUCAAUUGUGCACAUUAGCCUCCAGCAGAGACUCGUAGGUGCAGACAUACUCGCUUACCUUCGCCAUCGAUUUGAUAUGUCGCCAAAGUCUGAUACUAAUCGUUAUUUCAAGCAAGAUAUCAUCGAUAUGGUUGUAAGAAAGUCUCAAGAUCUGUUCCUUGUUGCCAAAUUGACCAUGGAUCAAUUGGAGGAGUCCCUGCCAUCUGAUACUCCCGUUGAUAUCGUCGCACUCGAGACGUCUCUCCCAGUCGGUCUCGAGCAGACUUAUACCCGCAUGCUGGCAAGAAAGCGUGAUGAGUCUGGGAUAACCAUCCAUAUGCAGCUUACGAUAUUAGAAGCCAUCACUCAUGCAUCCAGGCCUCUGCGGUUGAAUGAGCUUGCAAGUCUCUUGGAAUGUGUGUGUCCCAACCUGACAAAACCAAAUACAUUCAAAUCGUUGGUUGCAUUGAGCUGUGGCUCUCUGAUCGAGGUCCUCGAAGAUGAGACUUUGCAAGUAAUUCACCACUCUUUUACAGAAUUCCUACGGGGGGAGAGUCGCACCGCUUCAACGUCCAAAGCAUCUACAUUCCCUAUCAUCGACUCGCUGCAGGCACAUCGACGAAUGGCUCUAAACUGUCUGGAGUAUCUUCAGGCUGGCUCGAUGCUCUUGGAUAUUGAGAGGUCUGGCAUGAUACCUCUUGAUCCGACCAUAACAUUUAUGUCGCCCAGAAACGCUCUUGCUCAGUAUGAAAGCAAUCACAAAGUCCCACACUUGAAGUCUGUUGAACAGACUGAUCCAUUUGACUACAGGACUGCUCGACUGCUAUAUCCGUUUCUUAGCUAUGCUGUGGAAAACUGGUCAUAUCAUGCAAGCUUCUAUGAUGUGCUGGAUGAUGACUUUAUUAAAGCCAUCACCAGUUUUGUAGAUCCCCAAAACAUUCCCUUCUUGCGAUGGCUGGUGAUUGAAUGGGGGACGACUUCAUCUCACAAAGAUGACACGCAUGGGAUCCCAACACCUCUCCAUCUCGCAGCCUUUGCAGGGCUUUCUGAGUUUGGUUCAAGACUGCUACGACAAAGUGCGUCUCUGUCAGCACUCGAUGCUCAAGAACGAACUCCUCUUCACUGGGCAGCUGUGAAUGGUCACUUGAAAGUCGCAUCCCUCCUUCUACAGUAUGGAGCAGAUCCUGACGCCGAUGAUAUAAGAGGCCUGAAGCCGAUCCAUCUUGCAACUCUAAGAGACCGAGUAGAAGUUGUCAACCUCCUGCUUAGAAAUGGGGUCAGCCCGGACACAGCCAAGACCAAGGAAAACUACGAAGGCUAUAGAUGUUGUGCAGAGAGCACGAAAGGAGAGACUGCCAUCACCUACGCUAGUCGUGCGGGAUGUAUCGACACUAUCUUAGCUAUGGCAACUUUCUGUGAUCAGAUCAUGUUGGGCGAAAUGCUGUGUCUGCUGUGCUCAUGGAACCGACCAGACGCUGUCGAAGCCCUACUAGACAACUCGCCGGUCUCACCUGAUGCAACUUACCGGGAUGCGACAGCAUUAUACUAUGCUUGUGGUGCACCUAGCUCCAAAUGCGUUCGAAUAUUGAUCAACAGAGGUGCGGACGUCAAGAAUGUAUCUCGGGUAUGCGAGGAUAGCAAGACAUUCUAUAAACACGACCAAGCACCAAUUCAUCGGCUGGUAAAAGAAUGGAGUGACUCCAACGAUGUGGAGUGCCGAAAGACUCUGAAGGUUCUGCUCAAAGGCGGCGCUGACAUCGAUCAGCCCAAUGGCGAAGGGACGACUGCUUUACUUGAGGCUGCGACCUAUUCUAGGAGCGCCUACAAUAAAUCUGGCACAUGUUUGCCCUCUGUCAAGGCACUCGUUGAAGAGGGUGCAGACGUCCAUGGAACCAAUCCUCCAGCGGAUGAUGAAGUUACAACGAGAGAGUGGCCAAGCAGUGUCUUGCACAGAGUCGCUAGCAAUAGCCGAGAUUUGGAAGUGUUGAAGCUCUUGGUGGAUCGUGGAUGUGACUUGAACAGCAAGACUCUGCUCGGACAAACAGUACUUUUGAGUGCUAUGGAUCCCACGUUGCGCAACCACCGACAUGAAUCAGAGAGUAAGACACGAGCUAUUAUCGAAUAUUUACUCGAUCAGGGAGCAGAUCCUUCGUGCCACGAUAAUGAUGGGAACUCUCCGCUUUCUCAUGCCAUGUCACUCGGUGCCAGUAUAUUCAGAAUUCUGUUUGCAAAAUGUCAGGAGAUAGAAGAGAAGAAACGUUGCUGGUUUUCGCUAUCCAAACUUCGUCGAAAGGAUACAGAAAAGUUCUCGCAGUGCCUGGAAAUGUUUCUAGCAGAGGGUUUUGACAUUGACACGAAAGAUGAGGGUGGUAAAACACUUUAUCUGAACUGCUGCCUUCGGGGACCACGUGAAAGGCUCGAAAUUCUACAAAACCAUGGAGCGAACCCCAGUUUGAAAGAUGAUGAGGGGAAUAAUGCGCUGUUUCUUUACUGUCUUUCUGAAAGGAACGACUGUGAAGCGUUCAAACAACUCAUCUCUCACGGAGUCAGUCCUCUCGAAUCGAACAACCAUGGCAAUAGCCUUCUCCAUCUUAUCGCAAUGCGGUACAAAACCGACGAGAAGCUCGCACAAAUUGUUCACUAUCUGAUCAGUCUGGGUGUCUCUGUCAGUUCAGCCAACAAUGAAGGAUCAACCCCCUUGCAUUUAUACCAAGGAACAGAUGGAAGACAACACGCCAAUGAGAAGAAAAAGGGUCAUCAUUUCAUUGAUGUUCUCCGCAGCAACUGCAACAUCGAUUUCAGAGUCCUAGACAAUAAUGGUUACUCGUCCUUCCACAUCGCAGCCACGAAAUCAGAAUCGGAGGUUGCGGUGAUGAUAGACUGUGGCGUCGAUAUAAACCUUCUAACUUCGGCUUCUCAAAAUGCUCUGCAUCUAGCAUGCCGUGCCCGCCAGCCAAACAUAGUCUGUCAACUAUUGACGAGAGGCAUCAACCUUGAUCAGCAGGAUAAUCUUGGCAGGACACCACUCUAUUACGCUUGUCGGGCAGGCGAAGCAGAAUCCAUAGCAUGGCUACUGCGAUAUGGCGCUUCUCCUCAUUUAAAAGCAUCUGAUGGUUCAACUGUCCUCCAUGCAUGUGCAGACGUUGCAUCGGAAGAAGGUGUAUCGAAUAAAUUCCAUCGAGGUGAAUCCUCCGAACGUUCAGGCAUACCGGCACCUUGGUAUCUGCGGAAUUGCAACAGUCCCCCGCCGAAGGGUUUUGAAACAAAAUUCUCGCCAGGCCUUCCAAAAAUUAUUGAGUCUCUCAUUGAGUCUGGUGUUGACGUCAGCUGCCGUGACAAUUAUGGAACAACGGCUCUCGAUCUUGCUCUCUUCACAGGAUGUUCUGGAUUGACCGAGAUAUUCUAUCGGUCUGACAAACUCCUCGAACAAGCUACCAAGCAUCUGGAGACUAACAAUGACAUUUCGGACUUGGUACAAAAGACGCGAAGAAGACUGCGACUCCAGAUAUCGCUGAUGCUUCCGAGACCUUACCUGGAUUCUUUGCCUGAAGGCGAUCCUGGUUUUACCAUACUUCUUGAAAAUCCUGGCAUUGCCCUCGGUUUAUUGUCAACCGACGAAAUAACAAAACUCACUAUGAAGAGCUUCAAGGCGUCUCCAUUAUCUACUUCAGUUUAUGAGCUACUCGGCCGACUGGUGGAGCCUAGUUCUGUGCAAAUCAUAGACCACUUGAAAGUUAUCGAGAGUAUCUCUGAGUUUGUCAUCAGCUACAGCAUAUUCGAAGGUGUCAAGGCCAGACUUGAAGUAGCUAUUUCCGAACCCUCAUACUGCGGAGACCCUGCUCUGACUGCCCUGGCAAUGGCAUGUUCGCAGAAGGAAUCCAACCUCCUGACUGUGAAAGCGCUCGUCGAAAAGAUGAAGGUAGAUGUGAAUGCCCAUUUUGCAAGUGUCCCUGCAAAUGCUCGAGGACGACCAUACGAUAUAGUUCCAGGUGGCACAGCUCUCCAUACCCUCGCGUCAGCAGAAGGAUACUGGCAUUUGGAAUCUUUGAAGUACCUUCUCGCUCAAGGCGCCCAUAUCAACGCGAUCGAUGAGAAGGGAGAGACCCCUCUUCAUAUUGCUUCCGGCAGACCGGAGUAUGGAAAACAAGGUUUAUGGAAAAUGGAAGCUGUAAAAAUCCUUCUCGAACGUGGAGCUGAUGUCAACAUCCUUAAUGGGGGAGGCGAGUCUGCUCUCCACAAGGCAUCGUGGGCACCCGAUAUCAUACAGGAGCUUCUCAGGCAUGGAUCAGACGCUAAUAAUGGGGUUAGAAGCCCCUUGUUUGAUUGUAUCCGUGAUCAGAACCUCGAAACGAUGAAUUUGCUUCUCAAAUAUGGAGCGAACGCUGAUGCUAUUGGUGAAGAGUGUCAAAGCUGUUAUGUUGACAUGGCAUUGAAUAAAUCUCGCCUGGUAUGCCCUCUUGUCUUUUCGGCAUUUUCCUUAACAAACAUCUUUGGGUUUAUCAAUAACCUAUCAAAUUCCGUUCCAUUACUAGUGGCACUCAUCCAGCAUGGUGCUAAUCUAUAUGUCCCCUUGAAUGAUGAUGAGACUUUGAUUCACUUUCUUUUCGAGGACACUGCAUACGAAGUUAUUGAGGCUCUAUUGCAAGAACCUUGUGUAUCACGAAUCGAUUUUAAUCGCCGUGACCAACGAGGCAGAACCAUCUUAAUGGCAGCAUGUAGUUGGAGACGAAACCUUCUGGGUUAUACAUCGAAGUCACGCCAACGGCUCCAGGAAACGAAAAAGAGGAUAUCUCCGUUGGAGAUGUUAAGUCACGGAGCCAACGCCUCUUUGGUGGAUGUUUCAGGAAAAACAGCACUGCACCAUUUGUUGAACAACCCCGGAUAUCCCGAUCAUGUCCUCAUCAGUUUCAUAAACCGGCAAGAGGUAUCUCCUACACUAUUUCAGAAGGACAGUGCUGGGAACUCACCAUUACAUUGCGCUUUGGGCACAUUACGUCCAGCAGUUUGUGAAGCUCUAUUGGAAAAAGGCGCAGAUUUAUCAGAACCUGAUUCCCAAGGUCGUACAGCCUUGCAUUACAUUGCAUCUCAAUGCCUUCUCCAACAACGCCAGCACGUAGAUGGAUGGCGGUGGUACAAUGAUCUGCCAGAAGAUUUCUUUGGUAGUUGUAUCUCUCUCUGGAACAGAUGUAUUUCCCAAGGUGGGUCAAUCAAUGCUGUUGAUAAUGCUGGGAACACACCGUUGCAUUCCUAUUUGUCAAUGCUGGAUACUCAAAGAGACGAAGAGGAAGGGUCAAUCUGCCAUGUAGAUCACUACGAGAUACUAUUUCCAGAGGAGAGUGGGGUUGAUGUCUUCGCCGUCAAUAAAGCUGGAGAGACGGCACUGCACAAAAUUGCAUCUCGACCACUCUCCAAGUAUUUGGUGGAAGGGCAUGACAAGGCUUUGUUUGCGAUGAUGAUGGAGAAGGGGCUGGAUCCGUUGAAAGAGGAUGCGGAGGGCAGAAGUGCUUUGGAUGUUGCGAGUGCUUGUGAUAAAGAGGGUAUUGUUGGGUUGCUGGCUAGAAAGUAA